GUGUGCCAAUAACUCUCCUGUGUUAUUCGUCCCAAGCUCCUCAUGCUGUUUUCUCUUCCAAAAUAGCAAUGACACAGUGCUGUGGGCAAUGUGUUGCAUGCUGUUGUCUCUCAGGCACCGAGCAAGAUGAUGAUCCUGAGUCAUUGCUGUAGAGCAAAGCUGUUCCUUACGUGCCCUGAGCUUUCCAGCUGUCCUGGAAUCACAUUGUGCAAUCAAUCUAAGCCCUGGUGGAGCAGGAACCAACUGAAAAUGUCUCAGAAUCCUGACAAGCUAAAUUCAAGUGAAGAGAAGCUGAAUGCUUUGGAGGAGGAUGAGGAGGAGAGCUUGGACAACUCGGAUCAGUCUGACCGAAAAAGGAUACGACAGAGUGCUCCAGGGUCCCACAGAGAUGAUACACCCAAGUCCAGUCCCUCUCGGCCUGUGUCCAUAGAAGAGCUCAUGGAGACAGCCAAGGGAGUCACCAACAUGGCACUGGCACAUGAAAUUGUGGUGAAUGGAGACUUCCAGAUAAAGCCAGCUGAACUGCCAGAACACAGCUUAGAGAAGAAAGUCAGAGAUAUUGUGCAUAAAGCUUUCUGGGAUUGUCUGGAAGCUCAGCUGAAGGAAGAUCCCCCAACAUAUGAUCAUGCAAUUAAGUUAUUGGGAGAAAUUAAAGAGAGUCUUCUGUCAUUCUUGUUGCCUGGUCACACUAGACUGAGAAGCCAGAUUACAGAAGUUCUUGACCUGGAUUUGAUAAAACAGGAGGCAGAGAAUGGGGCCCUUGACAUUUCUAAGUUGGUCAAAUUUGUUAUUGGCAUGAUGGGGACUCUUUGUGCUCCAGCUCGAGAUGAAGACAUUAAGAAACUGAAAGAUAUUAAUGAAAUAGUUCCUCUUUUCAGAGCAAUUUUCUCUGUAUUAGACCUAAUGAAAAUGGAUAUGGCAAACUUCGCUGUCAGUAGUAUUAGGCCAAAAUUAAUGCAGCAGUCUGCUGAAUAUGAAAGAAAGAAGUUUCAGGAGUUUCUUGAGAAACAGCCAAAUUCUUUAGACCUUGUCACAAAGUGGUUGCAAGAAGCAGCAGAUGAUCUUGCAAAGCUGGGACAUGAAACGUUGCCUCCCCACUGUAAUGAUGGUGCCACUGGUGGAGCUUCUGCCUUGUGCUUCACUGCUGUACAAAAUCAGGCCUAUCUGAAGCUUCUGAAGUGGGAUCACGUGAACAGGCCUUUUCCAGAAACGCUGCUGAUGGACCAGACACGCUUCCUGGAGAUGCAGCUGGAGCUGGAGCAGCUGCUGCUGGUGGGGACAGUGCUGCUGGUCACCUUCAGUGCAGCAGGCCCAGCUCUCAUCGACGUGCCUGGCUUUGCAGAGAGGAUCAAAACCAUCGUCAAGGUGCUGCUGACAGGGAUGCAUCUCCCCUCCUUUAACCUGAAGGAAUCCCUGGCCACCGUGGGUGAGAAGGUGUGUGCUGAGGUGAACAGCUGCCUUUCCCAGCAUGGCUUUACCCCGUUCUCAGCUGAGAGGGAGGCUGUGCUGAAGGGGCAGAUCCAGGCAGUGGGCAGCCCAGAUAACUCCAUCUCCAAGCUCAUAGAUUCUCGAAUUCAAAAGUUUCUGGAGAAUUAUCUUGCAUCCAGUCACCAGAAAUCAUUGCCUGCCAUUCCUGGAGGAUUAGGCCCCAUUCAGAGGGAGCUGGAGGAGAUUGCUGCCAAGUACAUUCGUCUUGUCAACUACAACAGAAUGGUCUUCAGCCCUUACUAUGAUGCAGUCCUUGGCAAAAUACUGACUAAGGAAGAAUCCCAAAUUGUAGGGAAGUCAGAAGAAUCAUAAAACCAGUCUGUGUGCUACCACUACAGUAUUGUCAGCUAUUAAAUAAAACUUGUACCAAUAUUUGUCUAGGAAAAGAGCUUUCCGUGUAAAUACUGGUUCCUUUAACCCACGAGUGCUGACUGGUGAGGGAAACAGAGGAGAUGCCAAAAGGGUUCUGAGCUAAAAGAUGAGAGAUGCAUUUCUAAUAUAAUUAUGCAACCUGGGGAAGGGGAUAUCAUAGGAGUUUUCUGGCUGCAAUUUUUAGAUUUUUGAGCUGGUGAUAGGUAGGGCAAGUUUAACAACCAAACUUUGUAUUUAAGUGGCUCAUUUCAGGGCAUUUAACUCUUAAUUUACAGUGAACUUAAUUUAUCCAGAGCUGAUUAGCAAUGGUUCUUCCCAGAAGGGGUGAUUUGGUUUUUUUUUAAAAAAAUCUUACUUUAAAGAAUUAAUUAAGUUUAAAUCCUAAAGAUGAACUUUAGCAGACAAAACACCAAGCCAAACAGCACUUUACUGUAACAUUAUGGUGAGUAUGGUAGGCUUACUAGUUUUUUUCUGUAUUUUACUGCAUUUUUAAUAGCAUUUUUUUGCUGUUUACCUGCAGAUGUUACAAAACAUAAUAUAUUUUUGUAGCAAAUUUUCUGGUUAUUGGGUAACUGUCCUCUGCUGUGUACAGUACUCCCAGAGGUGGCAAUCUUAUAGAUUGCAGCUGUAUUUAUAUCUUGUAAAGAUUUCAGAAAGGGCAGAGCUAAAACAUUUUGAUAAAAGUGGCAUUUCUUACCUUCUUUUCUUUUGCUAGUAAUUUACUCCUUUUUAGGUGAAAUACUAAUUUUAAAGUAAAUUGUCAUUUGCAGAAGGUGGAUUUAAAGUGUGUGAAACUUUAGGUUGAAAAUUUUGGGCUUUUUUAGAAACUACAGCAGGGGAUGGUUGCAUAUUCAAUCAUGUCUUCAAAAAUGUUAUGUGCAGGGCACUGUGGGCAGUAUCAGUGAUUUUAAUGUACUGUGAGAGGUGAAUGGUUUGAUGUUAGUUUGAAUAUAUAGGGAAUAUUUUAGUAGAUUAUUUCACUUUCUAGAUGUGUUCUUGAAACUUAGAAUAUUUGUAGGUCUCGAAUUUAAUAAGCUACAUGUUGUAGAGAGGAGAAGAGCCCAGUGAUCAUACAUUGCAAUCUCAGGCUCAGCUGGAAGGUAAGUGAAAUUUUCCUCUGGUUGAGCACAGCUGUGUAUUUCAGUAAUCAAUAUUUGAUGGUUUUGUGAGAGCAAAGUUUGUAGUUACUCACAGUAAGUGGCCCAGGUAUGAGGUUGUCCAAACCAGAACGUGCUGUCUUUAAAAAAAACAACAAGGUAGGUGAAAUAAAUGAAUGAAGGGCCCUUGUAUUGCCAGCAGGCAGGUUAAUUUAGGAAUCAGCCAAACAGAACUUGCAGAAGCACUUGAUUAUGAUCCACUGUUGAUGCUUCCCUUUCCAGUUUCCUUUGAAUGUCAGUGUGGAUAAAGCUGCACCAACUUUGUGUUUGGAGGGGGAUGGGAGAAAUAAGACCUUUUUUUCUAUAUUAGCCUAUGCAACUCUAAACCAAAUCUUUUCUCAUGCAUUACAAAGCCCCUUCCCCAAGGGAAAAACCCUGUGAGAGUUCAUCAGCUCAGACAAGGAAUUUUUCUCUUGGCCAAAUGAAUGCCUGUCUUUGAAUCCUCCUUUGAGAACUCAAAAAUGAGGUUGGUUAGCCAGAAAAAAAAAGGGUUCUGAGUAGGAUCUAUUUCACUGUUUGGAUCAGCAAAGGAUUCUACAGAGGCCUUCAAGGCUGCUGCCUCAGCUUGCUGGGCUUUGCUAUUAGAGCAGGCUCUGCUCCCAUCACAGCCUAAAGCUCUGCAGCUGCACCAACUCCCUCAGCCUGUGCUCAGUGAGCUACCAGAGCCCUCACUGCUGGAGGUGAUGGCACCAGGACAGAUAACCAGGCACAGCUAUUUCCAUUUUCCUGAGUGAGAGCUGCACAGGUUAGGAGUUGCUGCUGUUGUUUUAUCAUUAGUCCUGCCUAGGAGCUGCCUUUAGUGGCACAGGAGGAGCUCGAGGGUGUGGGGAGGACAAAGAGAAGCCCUUGAAAGGUCUGUGGCUGAUGGCAGGGUGCAGGGCACUGCUCUAGCAAUGGAUAAAACCCUGACUGAGGAGAUGGCUGCUCCCAGGGCUGGGAUUCAGGGGUCAGGCCCACACAGGGAAUCCCAGCUCUCCUCACAGGAUGGGUUUGGUCCUAAGCCUUUGUGUAGCAGGAAGAUCCUAGAAAGAGGGAACAGAGUGCAGUACUCUCCUGGCUCCACUCUCACCUCCAGGGCCCACACAAAGGAACAAAUGCCCCUGGCACAGGUGCUGGGGGCCUUUCAACAGGAAGGACCUAAAGGAACUGCAAUAACUUCCCACAAGUGCAAGGUAAUGAUUCUCCCAGGUUGUUCUAUUUAAGGAGAGUGUUUGACAAACAUCUCUACAUCCUCUCCAAAGAAACAGGGAGCUGCAAUUGAGUGGCAAAGCAAGGAGGACAUUCCAGGAUGGCCAAGGCCAGCCUCAUCUCCAGGGGCAGCUGUGCUGGGCUGGGAAUGGCUCCAUCUGCCCCAGGCUCUGACUGCCCUCUAGUCCAAGGGCUUCUUAGGAUCUUAUCAGAGUCAAUCUUAUCACAGCCAAUUCCAAGUUAAAAGCUGAAGUAGGCGUAGAAACUGCUUGGAAAGCUCACAUAGUGUUUCUUUAGCUUGUUUGAAGAUAAGUGCAAGGAUGUAGCCGAUUAUUAACAUUUAGCUUUGUGCAUUAUGUGGAAGAGCAGUGCAGGUAUCCAGGACCAGGCUGUGUGAGCCAGUGCUCCUGGAUUACCCACACUCAACUGAGUUAGUCUUACAAUGCUGUCUUCUUCAAACAGUCCUGGAAUUACAAGCCAAAGUGUGCUGUAUCCUCUAGAAAAUGGAAAGCAAGCUCCAUUCUAAUAUGUAUGCUCUGAUCAAUUUCCUGUGACGGUAUAAUUAGCAUUGCUUUUGAAGUGGCUGAGUAAUAUUUAAGAAGUACCUUGUUGUGUUUGAAUAAAACCAGAAUGAGGCAUGA